AUGGCAGCGCCUCAGUCCUAUGCCAAGGCGGUUGGAGGUCAUGUGUGGCCUGAUAUUGAUGCUCUGCCAGAUCCCAUUCAUGCAGGCAAUAUUACUCGUAUUCGAAUCCCGCAGAAGGACUAUGAAGAGAAUCGUAAUCGCUUUCGAUUUGCUCUUAUUGGGAGGGUUAAUUUUCGCCUUGCAUCGUUGGAUGCUUUGAGAAAGGAGGCGAAAGUGAAGUGGAAUCUCAAACAAGGGGUAAUCAUGCAUCCAUUGGGGAAGGGAUUUGUGAUUUUCCAAUUCUCUUUUGAAGGAGAUAUGGCGGAGGUUUGGAGACGUAGCCCUGUGCGCUUCAAUGAUCAGGCUAUCAGGUUCCAGCGUUGGAAGCCUGAUUUUAAUACACAUGAGCAGCAGGUCCUUACCAAGCUCGUUUGGGUGAGGUUCCCAGACCUGUCUCUCGAAUAUUGGCAUGAAAACGUGCUUCUAUCCAUGGCCAAGGCUGUGGGCAAACAUGUAGCUCUUGAUCGUCGUACCCGGCAGGGUCUGCUCGGCCAUUUUGCUCGAGUGCUUGUUGAGAUAGACGCAGGAGAUUCUUCAACUCGUGUUGAAGAGGUUCAAGUAGAACGAUUUGAACCUGGUUCUACCAAGGAAUUUUGUUUCACUCAGAAGGUGAUUUAUGAGGAUGGAUUGCAAAGGUGCGGGUAUUGUAGAAGGUUGGGACAUCAAAGCUCCCUUUGUCGUCAGAAGAGGAUGGAUGAACUUCAUCAACAAGAGAAGGACAGAGAGGCGUCAAUCCUUGGUGCUAUCUACGUUGGAGAAGAUGGAGUUAACUUGGUUAACUCGAAGUCCAACUCGAUGGGUGGAUCGGCCAGAAAAUCUCUCUCACAAGGCAAGAAUUCAUUUUCUCCUAAUUCUAAGGCGCCAGCUGGUCAUGAGGGGAUUGUUGUUUCCAAUUUGGUCGCAGCUAUUCAAGGGAGGGAGAUAAUGGUAUGA